AUGCAUCAAAAUGAGGCUUAUAAUGAAAAUAAUAUUAAAAACAAGAGCCGUUUUCAACGAUUAUCGAGGCGUUCCAUUAUCAUCAUUUGUGCGACCGUUGCGAUAGCAUUGUUUAUAAUCACUUUCGCCCUAAUAUUGAGAUUUAUUAUUCUCAAACCAGCAAAAUCCGCAACAACGACAAGCACAACAACAACAACACCAUCAACGUCGAGGACGUCAACCACAAUCACAAAUUCUCCAUCGAUGACGACCACAACAACAACCACCACGUCAUUCAUGCCGACAACUACGAUAAAGCCACCAAAAUGGUCUACUAGUGGUAACAUGAGAAAUACACGUGCUAUGCAUACUGCGACUUUACUGACAAAUGGCAAAAUUUUAGUGACUGGUGGAAGAACGGACGAUACCGAAGAUGCUCUCAAUACUACUGAACUAUACGAUCCAUCGAAAGGUAUAUGGACCACGAGUAACGACAUGUAUGAAAGACGAGAAUUGCAUACCGCUUCGAUGCUGAAAGAUGGAAAAGUGUUAGUCGCCGGUGGUUUGGAUAUGUUUGAGGGUCAUAAUUUAAAUAGUGCUGAAUUAUAUGAUCCAUUGACAGAACAGUGGACAGUGACUAGUAAUAUGAGUGAUAAACGAAGUGAACACACAGCAAUUGUUUUAACAAAUGGAAAGAUUUUAGUCGUUGGUGGAACUGGAGACCAUGAUAUAGGUGUUCUAAAAAGUGUAGAAUUAUAUGAUCCAUCGACAGGACUUUGGUCAGCCGCAAGCAGUAUGAAUGAAGCACGAAUGCGGCACACAACAUCCUUGCUAUCAAAUGGUAAAGUAUUGGUUACUGGCGGACAAGGUGUUAGCGGUAGUCUGAAUAGUGUAGAGUUAUAUGAUCCGACGACUGACACUUGGGCAACUAGUACCGAGAGGAUGCAAAAUAAACGCUAUCGCCAUACAGCAACAUUACUAAAAAAUGGAAAAGUUCUAAUUAAUGGUGGAGAAGGUAAUGGUGAGGACGAUCCUUUGGAUACUGUUGAGUUAUAUGAUCCAGUAACAGAAACUUGGAAAACAGCUGACAGUAUGAAUAUUGCACGAUCAUUCCAUACAUCAUCUAUUUUACAAAAUGGGAAAUUGUUAGUUACUGGUGGAACGUUUGCAGGACAACCUAUAGACAUCGCUGAAUUAUAUGACCCAGUGAGUGAAACCUGGACAGUUAGUGGUAAGAUGAUGGAUUCUCGAGCUGCUCACACAGCUGUAUUAUUGCCAGAUGGCAAAGUCCUAGUUGCAGGCGGAUUGGUGUACUAUUCAGCAAUCGCAUCCACUGAACUGUACACCCCAUCAAAAGAUGUUUGGACAGCUACACGUCAGAUGAAUUCAGCACGAAGACUACAUACAGCAUCCUUGUUGUUUGAUGGCAAAGUGUUAGUCUGCGGUGGAAAGAACGAUAGCGAUGAUAAUGGUGAGAAGGACUUUAGAGUUGCAGAGCUGUACGAUCCAUCUACAGAAAUGUGGAUGAUUACUAAUAGUACGAAUCAGGCACGAGCAGUACACACGGCAACUGUUUUAAAAGAUGGUAAAGUGCUAAUAGCCGGUGGAUUCUACGCGAAUAAAGUUCUGAAUAGUGCUGAGUUAUAUGAUCCGUCAACUAAAACCUGGUCGAGCACUGGCAAUAUGAGUAUCCCACGUGUAGGACACGAAGCGACCUUACUAAUGAAUGGAAAAGUAUUAGUGAUGGGAGGAUUUUCAGAGGGCGAUAUUAUUCUAAAUAGUAGUGAAUUAUAUGAUCCAUUAACAGAAACUUGGACAGUGGCUGCUAGUAUGAUACAGGCACGUACUGAUCAUACCGCAACGAUGCUAACUAAUGGACAAGUGUUGGUUACUGGUGGAGAAGAUUCUGACAAUAGAUUAAAUAAUUCGGAAAUAUAUGAUACAUCAAUGAAUACUUGGUCAAUGACGAACAGUAUGAAUGGGCCACGAACGAUGCACAUUGCGACUAUGUUAGCUAAUGGUAAGGUGUUAGUGACAGGUGGAGUGGGAGCCACGGGUGAUCUGAGUACUUGUGAAUUAUAUGAUCCAUCCACAGACACUUGGUCUAUUACUGGUAGUACGGCUGACGUGCGGUUAUUUCAUGCAACUGCUUUAUUGACAAAUGGAAAAGUGCUGGUAACUGGUGGUGAAAAGCCUGGCGAAGGUUUUCAAAAUACAUGUGAAUUGUAUGACCCAGAAACAGAGAGUUGGACAACAAUAGAUAGUAUGAAUUACGAAAGACAGUAUCAUACAGCCUCUACACUAACAAAUGGACAAGUAUUAGUAGCUGGUGGAGAAACUUAUACUCUUAAAGGAGAAUUAUUUAAUUCAUAA